ACAUGACUGCUUUGAGAAGAGGCUUUCUGUUCCUCCUAUGGGCACUGUGUCUAGCCAUCACUUUAAUUCCAAGCCAUGCUGAAGUGAUCCACGAAUUUGUCACCAUCGACUAUGAGUGGCCAAACGCCACUUUUCGUAAUCAGAGCUUGGCUAAUGGAGACUUCGACCCGAAAGCUGGGGUGUUGUCCGGUGUUCAGCCCUACACCAAAUUCAACGGUUAUUCUUGGUACCAUGCACUCUUCGUAACUGUCCCACGCACUCAGGCGGUGAAAGGAAUCCCAUCGGGCCUCAACACAAUCGUCAAGGACGCUAAUGGCAAAUCAGUUCUUCGACCAUAUCCCAACUGGGACGCUCAGAAAAUUGGAGACUGCAGCGCUCUACAGCUCCCCAUGAGCACGGCUAUAGACCCGAACACUGGAUUACUUUACGUGAUUGACAUUGGUCGUGUUGGAAUUUCGUCCCCAAAUCCUGCCAAUCUCUGUCCAGCUAAACUAGUCGUGUACGAUAUAGUUCAAGGUGGUUCCUCCACUGUAUUGAGCUACGAGUUCCCAGAUUCUGUAGUCUCGAGAACAACCAAUUACCUCAACGAUAUCGUACUUGACUACGUAAAUCCAGAAGGGACAGGUGGAGUGAAGUAUGCCUACAUGACCGACACACUGACGAGGUCAAUCGUCGUCUAUGACUUCGCCCACAACAAGUCGUGGGCUUACAAGGACCCUGUCAGCAUGGGUACCGACGAUGACAAAAACAUCACCAUCCACGGCAUUACAUACCCAUUGGACAUCGGAGUCAAUGGAAUCGCAAUGUCCCCCACCUUCAACUACCUCUACUACUCCGCUCUCGGAUCCAAGAGGUUGUAUCAGGUUCCCACGUGGGUUCUGAGAACGCCAGGCAAUGACUUUGUCAGUAACACACGCCUUGUGGGCAGCAAGAAGUCCCAGGGUGACGGGAUGGUCUUUGGGCACAAGGGACUUUACUUCGGAGCUUUGGAAUAUGACGCUGUAUACAAAUGGGACAUGGAAGCUGACGUAAUAUCCCAGCGUGUGCUGGAAGGUGAGGUUGUCAUGAAGACCCAGGUCCCUGUGGCUCAGAACUGGCAGACCAUGCAGUGGACGGACGCCCUUUCCCUGGACACUUAUAGCAACCUGUACUUCACAACCAACAGGGCACACAAGGUUUUCACCAACAAAAUGGACUUCGACGGAGGAGAUGGCGCUAAUUUCAGAAUCUUCAAGUACAAUGUACACGAUAAGUCCUACUUGUCUCCUGCUCCACCUGAACGCCCUGAUCUCAUCGUGGGCUGAGAGAGAACAAAGCCAGAGCAAUAUUUUUGAUUUUAAUCAUUAACAGAAUGGGAUCGUCUUGUACAUAUGUAAAGGAGAGUAGCUGCUUUGUCAUACAUGAAUAAAAGCUUACAAUUUUCAAAGAUAGCAUGGUGUAAUGUAGAAAAAAAAUUGAUUUAACGGGCGGAUUUUUUUCAUUGAGUCCCAUACCAAGAAGGCAUGAAAGACUUUGCACAUAAUAUUUCGUGUACUAGUAAAUUUUCAAGGUGACUUACUCUAAAAAAAAGAAAUCUGUUUUUUUCUCAGUUGGGAUCUUCUUAAAAAGCAUGUGAAUAUUUGCAAAUCAAACACUUGCAUUACGUAUUGCUGUGUUGAAAAUGUAUCGAAUUAGAUUGUUUUGAACAUGCUCACACUGAUUUGCAAAGUUCAAUAAAACAAAUUUGACUUA